GCAGGGGUUUGUUAGUUCCAGGUGGAGGCCUCUGUGGCCUGAGUGAGUCAAAGACUUUUCCUGGACAAAGAAUGGCUGCGGCCAGCGAGCCGCUGGGGCGCUGGUGAGGAAAGGAGGCGAGGCCCUUGCGAGGAUUUGCGCGCGAUCCCCUCAGCGAUGGCGCUUCGGUCGCGAUUCGGGGAGCUGCUGUCUGUUUGCAGGAAUCCUGGAUGUGGGGUCGCGGCGCUGUCGACCAGAUCCAAGCCAGCAGUGAAGCCAGAAGGGGACCCUCUGGAAAAUGAAGCUGUUGCCCCAGAGUUCACCAACCGGAAUCCCCGGAAUCUGGAGCUCUUAGCUGUGGCCAGGAAGGAGCGGGGUUGGGGGACAGUGUGGCCCUCCCGUGAGUUCUGGCACAGGUUGCGAGUUACAAGGACUCAGCAUCACGUAGAAGCGCUUGUUGAGCAUUGCAGUGGCCAGGUUGUGGUUUCAGCAUCUACUCGUGAGUGGGCUAUUAAAAAGCACCUCUACAGUACCAGGAACGUGGUGGCCUGUGAGAGCAUAGGACGGGUGCUGGCAGAGCGAUGCUUAGAGGCGGGAAUCAACUUCCUGGUCUACCAGCCAACUCCUUGGGAGGCAGCCUCAGACUCGAUGAAACGACUGCAGAGUGCAAUGACAGAAGGUGGUGUGGUGCUACAGGAGCCUCGGAGAACCUAUCAGUGAACUAGAAGAAUUGUUUGGAACGUGUAAAAUAUAUAGCUGUCAUGUAUUAAUGUCCUGCAGACAAGCAUCUGGAAGAACAGCCAGCUUGGAAGUGUUAACAGAAUCACGGACCAGCCAAAUGUUGUCAGUAGUUAAGGUUAUACCCUCUCCUCCUUGUAUUUGUGGCUUUUUUUUAAACCAUGGGCUAAAUUCUUCCCCUCUUGUGGACAUGAGAGAAGUAUCUGAGAAAAGCUGUUGCCAAUUGUUAACACUUGAAGGACAAAUCAAAUGUUGUUUGUAAGUUAAACAAUAAAGCAUACUAUGAACUUUU